CGCCGCCGCCCAUCAGUUGAGAACUGCCGCUGGGGCCUCUGGAGCCGGUGGGUGACAGUAACCAGAGGAGGACGAGGAAGCUGAAGAAGUCAGGGUGACUGCUUAGAAAAACGUGGGACCUACCAACAUCUGAUGAGAUUAGUGAGUAAGCAAAUCAGCCAUGUCUUACACUCCAGGAAUUGGUGGGGAACCCUCCCAGCUGGCCCAGCGGAUCUCUUCCAACAUCCAGAAAAUCACACAGUGCUCUGCGGAAAUACAAAGGACUUUAAAUCAACUUGGAACACCUCAAGAUUCACAUGAAUUAAGGCAACAGCUGCAACAGAAGCAGCAGUAUACUAACCAACUUGCCAAAGAAACAGAUAAAUACAUAAAAGAGUUUGGAUCACUGCCCACCACCCCCAGUGAACAGCGUCAAAGGAAAAUACAGAAGGAUCGCUUAGUGGCUCAAUUCACAGCAUCACUAACAAACUUUCAAAAGGUCCAGAGGCAAGCUGCUGAGAGAGAGAGAGAGUUUGUUGCUCGAGUAAGAGCCAGUUCCAGAGUAUCUGGUGGUUUUCCUGAGGACGUCUCAAAAGAAAGGAAUCUUGUAUCUUGGGAAAGCCAAACUCAACCUCAAGUGCAGGUGCAGAAUGAAGAAAUUACAGAGGCUGACCUCCACCUUAUUCAGGAGAGAGAGUCUUCUAUCAGGCAACUUGAAGCUGAUAUUAUGGAUAUUAACGAAAUAUUUAAAGAUUUGGGAAUGAUGAUUCAUGAACAAGGAGAUGUGAUAGACAGCAUAGAAGCUAAUGUAGAAAAUGCAGAGGUACAUGUUCAACAAGCAAAUCAGCAGCUGUCAAGGGCAGCAAAUUAUCAGCGCAAAUCCAGAAAAACCCUGUGCAUCAUCAUUUUUAUCCUUGUCAUUGGACUUGUGAUUAUCGGUUUCAUCAUAUGGGAAAUAAAAGGCUAAAAUUAUAAAGGAGCACACUAUUUCACUACAUUAUCUAAAUUAUGUAGGAAGAUUUCCGUAAUUAUGUUUUAUUAUUAUUAUUUUAAAAUUAUUGCAUAAAGGACGGUUUCCAUAAUUUGUUAUUUCUAUUGGGGGUUGGGGGGAGAGUUUCCUUUGGAUUAAAUGUGGUAUUUUCUAAUACUGGAAGUUUUUCUAAAUGUCAUUGCUGACAUAACUUUCAUGUUUUUCAAUUUAAUAACUGUAAGGUUUUUGCCCGCAUUGUACAUGCCUUUCAUUUAUAAUUUAUUUACCCUGUUUGACUUAGUUUUUGAAAUUAGUAAAUUUAAAGGUAUGUUCUGUGUGCAUCUCUCUGUUACCAUGUAACAUGCACCCAGAUUUGAGUUACUUCAGUUAAAAAUCUCACAUUUAAUUUUCGUUUGGGUCAGCAGAAAAAAAAUAUUCUCAGUCACUUAAAAAAAUUAACAUAUCUGUUUGUGGGUUGUUUUUUUUCCUGGUUCACAACAGCACAAAUUAUCUAUUUCACUUUUAUUGUUGGUUUCCUUUUAAGACCCUUGUUUACUCUGAAUUAAAUCAGUGAAUAAUUCCUAGUAUAUCUCCUACUCCUGACUGUGUAUAUAUUAAGCAUUUGCUGUAGAUUGCCUGGUAAAAAUACUAAGGGUGAUUGUUUUUACAUGUGGUCUAUUUAAGUCUGAUAUUUACUGGGGAAAAUGUAGUGACUAUAAAUGAUUAAUAAUUUGGAGGAAGAGUAUGAAAAGUCAAUACCAAUAACCUGUCGUGUUUGGAUUCUAAAGAUCCCAACUUGUUAUUCUACUAAACUUCUUAACAAUACUAUCUGGUUUUGUGGGCCAUUAUUUAUCUUCCCUUCUGUCCUCUAGAAUAAUGGUUACCUAUGUGUCUUUGGGUCAGAAUUACUUUUGGGAGGUAGCUUUGCCACAGUUACUGUUUUGGGGCACCUACCACCGAAAAUUUAGUGUUUACCCUGUGUAUCAUUUUGUACCAUCCUUCAUUAGAAAAGGAAUUGAAUGUUUGCCAAUUAACUCACUUGCCUUUUUAAAUCGAUGUUGUUUUAAUGCACUAAUCUGAAUAUUGUAAAAAGGAUUAUCUUAGUUUAUAGUUUGUAUUUUAUAAUGUUCUUAUAUAGCAGUUUGGUAGUGAAGGCAAUGUUUAACAUGGCAAGCUCUCAAGACUUCAAAUGGGAACAAAUAAAAUUAAGUAACUACGUAAAUUGUAUCUUUGCAACCAAAAUAAAGAUGACUUAAAAGGUG